CCAGACCCCUCAUAAACCAGCUGUGGUUAUGUCGACGUCAUCUUAGUUCCUCUCAGAAGUAUAACCCAGCGGCAGCCGUGGAAGGUGGACUGUAUGGGGCAGGAGAUUCAGCUGGUGUAGUGGACACAGGCCGUCCAAGAGCUCCGUGACCGGUUUGAGGAAACCCUGAACAGCGUCCUCCGCUGAAGAGGCCCCGCCGUUGAUUUAUCCACCCUGUGGUGCGUUUCUCACAGAGGAGACGAGCGUAGAGCGACGCGAUGCCCUCAGAAGGGGUCAGCCUCCAUCGCCGACCGGUGUCAGACCCGGGUGGUAGUCCAGUAAGCCUCUGUAAGCUGUGCCCGAGCGACAGAGGCCGUCCUGCUCUGGGUGGACCGACGGCGUCCAUGAGAGGCAGGAGGGCUGAGGAGAGGCUGAGCGGCGGCGCAGGGUGGGCUGCUGAACGGGCCGUUGAAGUGGACCUGGCGGAAACACUGGGCUAGCUCGAGGUGAACUGGGUCCGGUGGAGUGGCCGGCUGCAGUCUGGACUUGGUAUAAAAGAAGAAAGAAAAGCGGGCGUUAUGUAAAUGAGCCGUGUCGCAGCUGCAGUUUAAAUGCAGGAGAAAGUGGGCGGGUCGUUGGAGUUGAAUCUGCCGUCCCCCCACCCGUGACGUCGUGUGUAACUUCUCCCUGUCUCUGCUGUCAGCUGUCCAGCCUCGUCCGACUCCUCGCGUAAGGUCAGUCAUGCGGUCCAGCAGUUCUGCUCUCUGUAUCCUGAUCUUCCUGAUCUCUACAUUCACUGCUGGGUCUGUAUCAGCUGUUGCUCCAACACAGGUGAAUCUCCAUGACUCUGCUACUCUGCCCUGCUCUGGGAGAUGCUCUGGUUUGGUCAGAUGGACUGUGUUCAGUAAACCCACUGAUCCUCUGGCUGAGUGUGAUCAGACUUCAUGUAGAUCAGUGAAGGAGGGAUAUCAGAUGAUCCAUGAUCAGUACCUGAAGGGGAAUCUCUCUCUCAUCAUCACUGACGCUGAUUUCAGUAAGAGAGCUCGGUACACGUGUGACUGUGGUGGUGAAGAUCUCUGCAAUGUGCGGCUUAUGAUUAAAUCAUUGAAUUCUUCAGUUCAGAUGAAGCCCGGUGAAUCUCUGGUCCUCCACUUAGACAUACCCGAUCCAGUGGAGGUGCUUUAUGAUAGUACAGGUGCAGCUGGACCAUCCGGUGGUCAGAUCUGUACAGUGGAUGGACGGUCACUACAGUGUAAACCUGACUAUAAACAGAGAACAUCGGCUGCUCUUCAGCUGAGAGGAGCGACUCCGUCUGAUAGUGGUGUUUAUACUGUAAUGGACAAAUUGAAUAAAGAGGUCAUUCACAUCUACACAGUGACCGUGGGGUCAGCAGGGGGAAGAGGUGACCAGCCAGAUAAAGGAGCUGCUGUUCCAGUGUGGGUGACCAUACUGCUGGGUCUGAUGGUGGCUGUACUCGUAGUGCUGUGUGGGGUAUCAGCAGCGAAGAUUGUGCGGCUGAGGAGAGAAAUUGAGAAGUGGAUUAAAAACCAAAGCCCUUUGAAUGAUUGCAGGGUAUAAUGGGUAAGAGAGAUUUCUGUCCUCAUCUUCCAAGCAGCUUUUGAAAAAGUGUUUUUCAAAAACCCGAUUGUAAAAGCCAGAAAUCCAAAGACUCUAAAACGUAAAGAGGUUUGGAUGAGGACCAACAGGACAGGACCACUGCUGUUUCAAUAGUACAAUUCAGGACCAUUAUAAUUGAUGUUACUGUUUGUGUAAAUCAGCUCCACUGACCAUAUAGUUUCACUCUGUAGUUCUACAGUUACAGACUGUAGUGCAUCUGUUUCUCUGAUACUCUGUUACCCUGUUCUUCAGUGGUCAGGACGUCCUAAGAUCCUCCAGCAAGCUUAACAGUGGAGAUGAGGUUCUUUAUACACCAAAAAGUUGUAUUUGUGUUCAGUGGCGCAAAAAGGGGGUGUGCAGCGUAUGCGGCGGAUAUGGGCGCUGCACUAGAGGGGGCGCUGCACUAGAGGGGGCGCCAAAACGAUGCCGGAAAAUUAUUUCUAGUCUGCAUUUUCUGUAAGAGCUGUUUGUUCAAGUCUGAUAAUACACAUCAAAAAACAGCACAGCACUAAUCAGGCGCCCAUCCACUCCGUCCCCUGCCCUCCUGUCAUCUGCUCCCAAACACAGGCGCUUGAGAACGCGGCCCAUAGGGAACGGAAGAGGGAGAGAGAAAAAGAUGUUGUAGGGAUGAAGAAAAGCUUCUCAAAGUGGUUGAAAGACAGCAGGUUGGUCAGUUUAUACGCUUUAUUCACCUACGUCACCUUUGUCUACCAAAACGAGACUGUAGGGUACGAAAGUAGCGCUGGACCACUGGGUUCUAGCAAAGCUGCCUCACUGCUGGGUUCCCAAACGCACUUAUUCAAAAAUAAAGGAAUCUAAUGGAGGAUAAACCUUCCAUAGUUUCCCCAGAGAUCCCGAACUUCACCGGGAAUAGAUUCACACCAUCAGAAGAGAUCGCCUAACUAAGGCUAGCCAUGUUAAUGUUACCCAGCCAGCCAGAUGAAUGACAGCAGUGAGGCAGCGAGCUAACGCUAAAGCUAAACUGGGUUCUCCAGCUACGACCUGAUUAACCCUGAACUGCUUAUUUUCUCGGUUUAACUUCAAAACGAGUGACAUUAGUCGAGCCACAGCUCUUUAUAGUAGCCUGUUUAGCUAGCUAACCUAGCUAGCUAAUAUGCUAACCGUGGCGGCCUGGUCUGAAGCUCAGCUCGCUGGUGGCACUAAAUCAGCUUAAACUCUUAGUUUCCAGCCACAUUCAGACACAUUCAGCCUGUAACUGUCUUAGUUGAGUUUUCCUUUACAUUUUUAUUUAUUAUGUCCUUUUAUUUAUUUAAUUUUCUGUUUUACCUUUUCAUUUAUU